AUGACCAACGUUUUUGUUAAUUCGCAUUUAAGAACUUUCUCCUUUGAAGAGAAUUUAACAUCCUACCUCUACCGUGACAAAAAUGCCCUCCCGACAAAGGACAAAUACUCCUUUGGGUUCACGUACAGAAGAUUUUUCAACUACCUGAACAGUGACUUAAACCUAUUUGACAAGCUCCUUUUCUUACUUAGGCACUGCAGGAAUAAGAAUAUCGAAUUGGGUUCUGUGCAUUGCUUGGCUAGCUAUACCUUCCCCAACAAUGUUUGCGCUUUGAACGAAGACGUGGUGUUUGAUUAUUGGGGGGAACGAGACUCACCCGUUCUCACAUUCGUUCACGACUACGAGGUGUUUUCCUACCUGGACUUUUUCAGCGACAGCGCCUUUCUGUUCGAAGGGUGUAAUGUUUAUUUUUACGACACGCGCAAGAGGGGGGAAGCUAAAGUACCUACUAACGAACACACCUGCGAAUAUGAGAAUAAGUCUGAUAAAGAAUACGCAGAGGGGGGUAACUCCCCUGGUGAAGUGAAACUGGGGGGUGAGGAGACGGGGCACUCGCCAAACGAGUCCGAGCAGUGGGGAGGCAACGACUGGUCCAAGGUGGCCAGGAAGUUAGAAAAGGGAGAAGUAGCAGGGAAGGAGAAGGAAGACAAAUCAAAAAGGGAAAAAUGGUCAAAAGAACAAAACGUAAUGAUGACAAAAGUGCCCGUAGAGGAAGAGCUCAUCGCUCACCUCAAACCGCUCAGCAGCACCACGGACGACCUACAAGAGAUGCAGAAAAUAAAUCUUAAAAUGGUAUUGCUGAGGGACGUUGACGGGUACACAUAUGAGGAUGUUCUCACCAACAUAAGUACCAUUCUACAAAACAAUUUCGGCGUGGUCCAAGUGGAAAACAGUUGUGUAUGCCUUUUAAUAGGUCUGCUGUCCAGAUGCAAGCAGCAAAUAAACCUACUCACAUGUACAGACCUCAUAACGAACUUAGAAAAAAUUUACGAAUCGAAGAUAAUAGGAAGUGAAUUGAACAAGGAGAGGGAAGAUCGAGGAAUAAACCAAGCGGAUUAUGUUGAAACAAAUUUUACAUACAAUUUAAUAACGCUGAUAAAGUAUGCGAUCAUAUACAAUUACGAUAAGGACUUUUUAAAAAAAUUUAAAGUCCUUUCCUUUUUGCUAUUUUAUAGAAGCCUUCCGUUUAUUCGAAAUGGUGGGGACAAAAAGGAGGUCUUUUUUUUGGGGAGCGAAAUUUUGAAGGUAUUUAGAGUAUUACUCUUUUGCAACUUGUACACAGAACCGGUUGAUUAUUUUCAUGACCUCAUUAAUUAUGUACACAAAAGGGGCAUCGAUAAUGAUGAUGGCAUUUACAAAAAGUUUCUCUCACAAGUGUUUUUAUAUUUAGCCACUUACAAUGUUUUGGGAGGGAAUGUGGAUUUGUCAGGAUUCCUGUACACGAAUAAAAUUAUGAACACGCUGCAGAUGCAGGUGGGGGCUCUUUUUCGCCAUGAAGAGGUGAAGGGGCAACCCGGCGUGACAGCGAAAAGAGGCGAUAGGCAAAAAAACAAAUGGGACUUGGCGCACCUGUGCAACCUCCAGUUAAUUCAUCAGUGUGGCGUUUACCUUUUUUCUGUUUUAUGGUCCAUGAGGAGGAAGCGCCUGAUUGGAGAAAAGUAUUUUGGCCACGAGCAUGUGGAGGCACUGCUGAAAACGCUCCAGCAGCUGCUCCCAGCGGUCAUCGAUCAAUUUAACGACUUGUUAGAAGCCUACACGGAGGAGCAGCAGAGGAGGCGGCAGACGGAGCAGCAGAAGGGGCAGCACAAGAACGCCGACUACCGGAACAUCAUCCAGAACAUAAUUCGCCGCAUGACGGACGGCCCCGUCCCCUUCAACUACGUGAUUUACAAAAACGAACUCGAUUGGCAUUUCUUCUUCGUCAUUCUUCUCCAACUAUUGCACACAAUUUUGCUCAUCGUCAUGGAGCUCUCAUUUCUUUUUCACCACAAAGGGAACCACACAACACUCAUGUCUUUCAAACGCAUUGCUCAAGAUAUUAGUACGUUUGAACAGGAUACACUGAUUCACUUCAAGAAGGACAUUUUUUACGUGGAACAUGUGCAUGACUCGUAUAGCCUUUUUUUACCACUCUCGUACCUUUUUUACAACGUUCACGCCCUUACGAGAGGAACACGCCUCAUGUGUAAUGAGACCGAUGACUCCCAUGAAGAAGACGCUGUGGAGGGGCUACUAUACUCUUUGAGCUUUUGUUCAUCCGUUCCGUUAAGCUACUUUUGUUUGAGGGCAAUUUUCGCCACGCCCUUUGCAGGGUGUAUCAGCCCAGGGGGAGAAACAGAGGGGGGCAUUUCUUCUUCACAAAAAUGUGAUCUCGUCGAGCAGACUUCCUGUGACCAAAUUAACUCCUCCCCAGAUAGAUCAAAUGAGAGUAAGCAGAGAAUAAACGAGGAGACCCCUCCAACCAAUGGACACCACAUGGACAUCCCGAAGAACAUAAUACUUUUCCUAAGUAAAUAUGUACAAGGAAAAUUUCUGCUUUACCACAGCAAGAAAAAUAUCUUCCUGCUUCUACUUAAAAAUAUAUUUAGGGAAUGUAAUCGGAGAUGCGGGGAACAGGAACGUGUAGAAAUUGCCCACGAGGAGAAGACCGUGAAAAAAAAAGACGCACUUGUCCAUUCCGUUUUCAAAUUUUUACUGAACAAACACAUCAUCCAUUUUAUCGGAAAGCACAUGGACGUAUCCAUUUUUUUUAAAUACUUUAUUCAAAUUUUUAUUGUCCAUGAGGGAAAAUGCAUUGGGGAUUCCCUGGGUGAGAAGAUGGAAGUUUAUACGCACUUGGUGCGCAUAGCGGAGGAGUACAUUUUUAAGCGGGUGACCUGUGCAGACAGCGAGGGGAAGCAUCCCCUCCUUGUAGACGAUGUACAACGCUUUGUUAGUGAAUUUGGAAGGAACUAUCCCCAUAAUGAUGCUAACUGCGAAAGUGCUAAUCGGCAGGAUGGUCUUGGCGCAGACCCGCUGGAUAUACAGCUGGAGCGCUUGCUAGAAACAAAUGGAAGAAGCAUAAAAGCCUGCACUUGGCAAAAAAAAAUACAGAUCAGUUCCCAGCUAGCUGUUGCUAUAUUUGAAAAAAUUAUUGAAUCUUUUAAAAUGGCCUAUUUUUUCAGCCCCCUGAUGUUCGCAAUUUUAUUUUUCCUUUCGUCGACGUCAUUUCCAGAUGAGUGUCGAAAUGUAUUUUACGCCGAUACAGAUUUGUUAAAAAUUUUGGCAAAAAAUAUUUUCAUUCAUUUUUCUGACAAUGGAAUGAAGUACGUCAUUUUUACUACGUCCACAUCUUAUGGGAGGGAAGAAACAAAUUUUUUAAUUGACCUGACGCCAUUUUUCCCGUCCAUUUCUUCCCUCAUGUUGGAAGACUCACAUGCGGACUGCCUCCCUCCCAGUAUGCACAGCUACUUCAAAACUCUACGUUCACAGUAUCCCUACCCUAGUUUGUUACAUUUCCUCUUUUACGUUAGUGCAAACGGGAGGUGA